CUCUUGUUUUGCUGUUUGAAGAUGCUUGUAGGAAAAGCAUUGCCAUUAUGUUCUAGCAGAAUACAAUUUUCUCUGCUACAAAACGCUUUUUCCUUUUAUAUUUGUGUUUUUAUUAUUUUUUCAAAUAAGUAUACCUAAAAAUGGUGGGAUUCUGUGGAAAAAAAAUUGUAACGUAAAAUACGUAAUUUUAUGCACAUAGUCUGUUUCUGUGCGGAAUUUUUUUUUUUUUUUUUUUUUUUUUUUUUUUUUUUUCGUUCACGGUAUAUUGUUUGUCUUUGAUGAGACUGUAACUGUCUUUUUGUUAAAAUGACCGCAUCCUCGCUUUCGCCCGAUGAUUUGUAGCCUUACCGACUGGGCGGUCCAGCGUUACGCCUUCCCUUCGGCUGGCCCUGUAGAACAGAAUGAGGUAGCUGUCUUCUGGAGGCCAUCCUCUGAAUUUCCAGGAAACUUAUACAAAGGAGAAGGGAUCAUCAAUGGAAGCCCGGAGAAGGUGUGGGCGUGUUUGAAACCUGUGCCAGACGGACUCCGAGUCAAGUGGGAUAACAAUGUCAAAAAGUUUGAGCUCAUCCAGUCCAUUGAUGACGAGGUGUCUGUCUGCAGAACUGUAACUCCGUCAGCAGCAAUGGGCAUUAUUUCUCCAAGAGACUUUGUGGACGUUGUUUUAGUUAAGCGCUAUGAAGAUGGGACCAUCACCUCCAAUGCUACCAAUGUUAGCCAUCCCGGUUGUUCACCUCAGCCAGGCUACGUUAGAGGAUUUAACCAUCCCUGUGGGUGUUUCUGUGUGCCCAUUCCUGGGGAGCCAAGCAAGACGCAGCUCUUCAGUUUUUUUCAGACUGAUCUUGGAGGCUAUCUCCCCCGAUCUGUGGUGGAUUCUUUCUUUCCCUCGAGCAUGACCGAUUUUUACAACAACCUCACAAAAGCAGUGAAGUCUUUCAAAGAAAACUAAUUCUGUCUCUGGACCUGGAAAACCUGAAAAGCAACAUCUUUUAUAUGGCAUUAUAUUUAUUCCCUUCAUUGUGGUGAGAGUGUUACCCUUUAUAAUGCUGUGUAUGUGCAUACUGCCAAAAGUAUUGCUUUGCUUUUUUAUCACUUGAAGAACAAGCCUUCUUUGCACCAUACAGGAAAAUUGUUUUUUAAGUUUCUGUAGAGAUUCCAGCUGCACUGUAUAUUGUAGCUUUUGGAAAUUUCAGAUUUUACAUGUUUACAUAAUAUUUCAAUACAAUAUGGUUAUUUUUAACUAUUCUUGUGUACAUAUAAAAUACUAAUGUUAAGCACAAUACAGGGGUUUGUUUUGUCUAGAGUUUAAUCCAACACACUAAGCAAAAGACCAGCUUUUCUUAUUUCAUUCCUACACAUUAUUUUGAAAUGCAUGUGCUAAAGACAAGCAGACUAAAGGGAAAAACUUUUGCUUUGUUUGGUCAAAUGCUACAUUAUAGGUCAUGGUUAGUGAACCUGGGUAAAUGCAGCAGAGACUAUAGAACAAACAGUUACACACUGUAAUCGUAGAUGUUCACUUGGAAAACUUAUAUGUAAAGCAAAUAGCUGCAUUUAAAAACAAUGUUACUAGUUCAUAAAAAUAGACAAAGACCAAACGCAUAUGUAAAUGGUCUACAGAUUUUCAGAAAAGUAUUUAAAUGUGAGAAGCAUGAACUGUGUCAGUGUUGACCGUCUUAUCUGUCACUGUUCCAAUGCUCUUACUUCAAUUGCAUCGUUCAGGGAGCAUGGCUGUUUCCCAUUGCUUUUAAAAUUGUAACAUGUUACACUGUACUGUACUGUAUUAUGUAUGUGUGCCAUUGACACACGGUUUUAAGUUUGUAUGAUUAGUCUUUGUAAUGGGAGUUCACAGCUAGUUCUGUAUUCUGCACUGUACCAGUCAAUAACAUUUUAGAUUCUGAUAGUUUUAUUUUAUUAAAAUAUUUUAUAAUACACUAUGUAAUCUAUGACUCCAUAAGGUAUUGCAACUCCUUGUUCUUUAAACAAAUUGCUGCUAUGAAAGUGAUAACCCUAAAACUGUGUUGUACUGUAAUUGCAAAGCGCUAAGAGAAAAAUUAAUUUUAAGAAUGACCUUAAACUAAAUGUAUUUAUUUUGAAUUUUCUCAGCAUGGUAAUUAAAGGCGUAAUUCUACAGUGUUCGUGUAUUUUGUGUCCCCUUUUUUUUCAGCAUUGAUCUGGUUAAGCUGUGUUCUUUUUUUCAGGAUUGAUCUGGUUAAGUUGUAUUCUUUUGUCAAACCAUAGGGAUCUACAUCAUUUGCUAACUGCAUUAUUGCAAGGUACCAGAAGAGGUCGCUAGAAAAACUAUAUUGGUGUUGCUAGUGUCAGGUACAGAAGUCUAUAUUCACAAAGCAUUUACCACCAUGCUGUGUUAACUCCAGGUUUUUCCAGAUGUUUAUAAAAACCAAGAGAGUAAUUUGGGGAACUAAUAAACACUUGAGCAAUGGACAUAAUGUAAUGUUUUAAUUAACCCAAUCAAAGAAAAAUGUAACCAUAUAUUUUGGGCAUCAGAAGAAAUAUUUAAAUUUCUUGUAAAUUUUUUUUUUUUUUAAAAUAGCUCUAUAAAAUACUUUAUUUCCUGGAAAAGAAAAAAAUUUCACUGGCACAGAAUAUGACCAAAAUUAUACAUUUGCAUUAUACUGUAUCUCUUAUAUUAUUGUUAUUUUUAAAGGAAAGUAUUAUACAUAAAUGUGAAUUCAAAUUAUAAUUAUACUGCUGCCAAUGUUUUGUACCGUAAAUGAAAAUCCAGCCAUUUCCUUUGUGCUUUUAAACCCAGAAGAUUUAACAGAUGUUGAGGACAAAUCUAGAAAACAGCACCUGUUGCUUACAUAAUUGUGAAACUGGUAAAAUUGCUACAAAGGAAAAAAAGUUUGACAUAGUUUAAAAAGUUGGAAUCAUAGCAUACAAAUAUUACAGUGCCAUCAAGCAUUUUUUUGUUCCAGAUGAAUAAAGUGAGCGAGCAAGCUGA